AAAAGCUGUAUAUUUCUAUUGAUCUUUGACCACCUAUCUAGAAUAACAACUAUGUAGAAAACAAUAUGGCCGCAUCAUUGAAAAAAAUGAUGGCUGCUGAUGGGACGUGUAGUUGCAGCGCUUGAUUAGUUUUAUUUAAAUUAUUCAUGUGUUAUUUAUUGUUUUUAUAGUGAAUAUUUAAAAAAGUGCUUAGGUCUUAUUAAUAUUUUAUUUUCAAGCUUUGUGAUAGUGUUGAAGUGUCAUUAGUUGUAUGCAGCGGAUGAGUGCUUUGAGUUCAGAGAAGAAAACGAGUGUUUUGUGGUAGGAUGUCGUACCCACCUCGGCCACCCCUGGUGCCGUACGGCAUUGCCCCAGGAGUCGUCACAAUGCCCAUGGCUACUCACGUGAUGGUGGGCACAUACGGCGCGGGCGGCGGCGUGGGCGGCGUGGUGGGCGGGCGCGGCGCGCUGCUGCCGGCGCCGGCGGGCAAGGCCGUCAUCUCGCGCCCGCCCACCAGGAACACCAACGGCGCCAAGGACUCCGAAGGACCCCCUGUCACGGUCUUCAUCGGGAACAUAACGUCGCGCGCGCCGGACGCCAUGAUCCGCGCGCUGCUGGGCGCGUGCGGGCCCGUGCUGAGCUGGAAGCGCGUGUCCACCUUCGGCUUCUGCGAGUUCGCCAGCCCCGAGGCGGCGCUGCGCUGCGUGCGCCUGCUGCACGAGCGCGCGCUGGCCGACAAGAAGCUGCUGGCGCGCACCGACGGCAAGAUGCAGGCGCUCGUCGACACCUACAAGAGUGAGUGUGGCCUACAGGUGAAGGACUCGAGGCUUGAGUCCUCAGCCCCGAGGCGGCGCUGCGCUGCGUGCGCCUGCUGCACGAGCGCGCGCUGGCCGACAAGAAGCUGCUGGCGCGCACCGACGGCAAGAUGCAGGCGCUCGUCGACACCUACAAGAGCGGCGCUGCGCUGCGUGCGCCUGCUGCACGAGCGCGCGCUGGCCGACAAGAAGCUGCUGGCGCGCACCGACGGCAAGAUGCAGGCGCUCGUCGACACCUACAAGAGUGACCCCGAGGCGGCGCUGCGCUGCGUGCGCCUGCUGCACGAGCGCGCGCUGGCCGACAAGAAGCUGCUGGCGCGCACCGACGGCAAGAUGCAGGCGCUCGUCGACACCUACAAGAGUGACCCCGAGGCGGCGCUGCGCUGCGUGCGCCUGCUGCACGAGCGCGCGCUGGCCGACAAGAAGCUGCUGGCGCGCACCGACGGCAAGAUGCAGGCGCUCGUCGACACCUACAAGAGUGACCCCGAGGCGGCGCUGCGCUGCGUGCGCCUGCUGCACGAGCGCGCGCUGGCCGACAAGAAGCUGCUGGCGCGCACCGACGGCAAGAUGCAGGCGCUCGUCGACACCUACAAGAGUGACCCCGAGGCGGCGCUGCGCUGCGUGCGCCUGCUGCACGAGCGCGCGCUGGCCGACAAGAAGCUGCUGGCGCGCACCGACGGCAAGAUGCAGGCGCUCGUCGACACCUACAAGACGGAGCAGCGGUCGCGGCUGGGCGCGGAGGAGGGCGCGCCGGGCACGGAGGGCGAGGCGCCGUACCUGGACGCGCGCCAGCGGGCCCUCGACGCCGCCGCCGAGCGCAAGCUGGCGCAGAUCAUGCAGGACUACCAGCACGACAUCAACAACUACGAGCUGCUGCAGAAGGAGGAGGCCAUCUCGAAGACGGCGCGCGUGCUGGAGGAGGCGGACAUCUCGGAGGAGAAGCGCGACGUCAUCCACCGCGAGAUCGGCAAGUUCCGCGAGAGCAUGAAGGUGCCGCGCGGGCGACGGCGCGGCGCGAGAGGCCACGGUGAGUCUGUGCUGUGUCAUGUCUCAUACCACACACACACACACACGCGCGCACACACACACACACACACACACACACACAACAUGUGCUCGACGAAUACGCAGCUCGGAUCGAUCGGCUGCAAUCAGAUACAUCGAAUCUUAUGUACAAAAUUAGUAGCAUUAUUCUUAUUUCAUUAUUUUCUUUUAUCUUUAGCUUUCGAUUUCUUACAUUUCUCAUAUCUUUUUUCCUUUCAAACCGGUAGCAACCCUCUUCAAAAGUUAUCCCUGCGGUUCGCUCGGAACCGCAGCAUUGGCUUGGAGCGCGCUCGCUGGCCGCCGACGUUGGAGCCGCCGCCGGAGCCGCCGCCGCCGCCGGCUGAGGAGGCCGACGUCGUGGUGCGACGCAAGCGGGAGCCGCGCGCCGCCGAGCGCGAGCGCGACCGCGACCGCGAGCGGGACCGCGACCGGACCGCAGCGAGCGCGCCGACCGCAACGAGCGCGCCGACCGCAGCGAGCGCAACGAGCGCAGCGACCGACCCGAGCGACCAGACCGACCCGAGCGACCGGACCGAUGACCGCGGCGAGCGCGGCGACCGCGGCGAGCGCGGUGACCGCGAUCGGGAACGGGAGCGGGAGCGCGAGCGCGACAAGGACAAAGAAAAAGACAAAGAGCGUCAGCCCUCGCGGGAGAGGGACCGAGAGCGCGAGCGCGACAGAGACAAGGACAGGAGGAGGCGCAGUGUUUCCAGAGGCAAGGAGCGACGCGACGAGCGGGAGCGUGACAAGGAACGCGAGCGCGAGCGUGAAGAGCGGGAGCGCGACCGCGAGCGGGAGAGGGAGCGGGAGCGCGAGCGCGAGAGGGAGGCUCGCGAGCGGGAGAGGGAGCGUGAAAUGCGCGAGAGAGAAAGAGAAAGGGAGAGGGAACGAGACCGUGAGAGAGAGCGCGAGCGGGAGCGCGAACGUGAUCGCGAGCGUGAGCGCGACCGCGAGCGCGACCGCGAGCGCUCCCGCGAGAGGGACCGCUCGGGCGAGCGCUCGCGCGGCCGCAGCCGCUCCGAGGCCGACUCGCGCCGCGAGAAGGAGAUGGAGGAGGAGGCGCGCGAGAAGAAGCGCCUCGAGAAGAAGGCGCGCGAGAAGGAGGCCGCCUACCAGGAGAGGCUCCGCAACUGGGAGAGCCGCGAGCGGCGCAAGGCGAAGGAGUACGAGAAGGAGCGCGAGCGCGAGCGCUGCCGCGAGGAGGAGCGCGAGCGCGAGGCCAAGCGCCUCAAGGAGUUCCUCGAGGACUACGACGACGAGCGCGACGACCACAAGUACUACAAGGGCAAGGAGCUGCAGCGCCGGCUCAGCGGGCGCGUGCGCGAGGCCGAGGCGGACCGGCGCGAGCGGCAGAAGGAGCACGACGAGCUCGACGCGCUGCGCCGGGAGCUGUUCCACGACCGCGACCACGACGACCCCGCCGCCACCGCCGCCUACGACCAGGCCGUGCGCGAGCGCGAGCAGCUGUACCGGCCGCGGCUGCUGAUCGACGUCAGCCUGCAGGUGGAGCAGCAGCGCGAGCGCGAGGAGCAGCGCGCCCGCCAGCGCGAGGACGCGCGCCGCGAGGUCAGUGCCCGCCUCGUGCUGUCCGCAGGCGUGCGAGCGAGCAGCUGUACCGGCCGCAAGCGGGAUCGACGUCAGAACGAUUCCAAAAAUAAUUAUAACUGUUUUAUUGCGCGGGAGCGCGCGGAGCGGGAGCGCGAGCGCUACCUGCGCGCGCAGGCCUCGCGCCAGCUGCCCACCGAGGCCGAGCCCAUAGACUCCGACGAUAGCGGCGGAGCGGACGGGUUAGACGCGGACGAAGCGGCCGAGGCGGGGUCGAGCGCGUCGCCGGGCGGCAGCGGCGCGCGCUCGCUGACGCCGCCGCCGCCGCGCACGCCGCCGCGCCACCGCCACCGCCACCGCCACCGCCACGCCGACGCCCCGCCCGAGCAACACACGCCGCAGGCGCCCAGGGACCCGCUGAGCUCGGACGGCGGCACCACCCCGCCGCGCCCCCCCUCGGCCACGUACAGUCGGCGACACAGCGCGGCGUCGGCGGGCAGCUCGCCCAUCACCAUCAGCUUCAAGAACGCGCGCGCCAGCCCCUCGCACGCGCCCGACCAGCCUCCAAACGCUGCGGCGGAGUCGCGCGUGCGGCGGCCGCACGCCGCCUUCACGGACGAAGACGAGGCGCCCGCGCACGCGCCGCCCGACCUCGCGCAUAAGGGCAAAGAGAAGAAAGAUAAAGACAAAGACAAGGACAAGGACAAGAGCAAGAAGGCGUCGGCGGCGGCGGAGAGCGACAAGGACAGCAAGAGCGCCGAGGAGAAGCGCAAGCACAUCAAGAGCCUCAUCGACAAGAUCCCCACGCAGAAGGAGCAGCUGUUCCAGUACAAGCUGGACGCCGCGCACAUCGACGCCGCGCUCAUGGACAAGAAGAUCCGGCCCUGGAUCAACAAGAAGAUCAUCGAGUACAUCGGCGAGCCCGAACCCACGCUCGUCGACUUCAUCUGCAGUAAAGUGCUGGCCGGAUCCGCGCCGCAGGGCAUCCUGGACGACGUGCAGAUGGUGCUGGACGAGGAAGCGGAGGUGUUCGUGGUGAAGAUGUGGCGGCUGCUGAUCUACGAGCUGGAGGCCAAGCGCGCCGGCCUGCACAAGUGACCCGGCUCGCCGCCCGCGCCGCCGCCCGGGGCCCCCGGGGUGACCCCGCCGGAGCCUGAGACCCCCCAGGCGGCGCUGCGGUGGGCCCCGGUGCCCCCGCUGCUGUGCUGCCCGCUGGCGCGUCCGGCCCUGCCCCCGGGCGCGUUGUCUCGUCCGCGCACGAGUCCACACGCGCGCGCUAUCACCAAGUUCGGCUGCUUCUGCAUCUGACCCGCAGCCGCUUGUUCCGUCGUUAUGUUUCCGUCUUCCAAAUAGUUUACUCGCGUAUCGGUCUAUUGUCUCCGUUGUUUUGUUCCGCUUCGCUUUAGGCCCGGUUUUUUGAUUCGUAGUUAAAAUAACCGAUGGUCAAAUUUGACAGAUGUCAAAUGACAAGUGAUUAAAUAUCAGAAAAAAAUGUUUUUCGAACAACGGUUAGCUUGACUUUUAGUACGUUUUUUAACUAUUAGUUAACAUUUUGUUAAUUUUAACCAUUAGUAGCAAAAUUUAACAAUUUGUUAUUUUAACUAUGAAUCAAAAAACUGGCCCUCACUGAACUUGAGUUUCUGCCGGUCGAUUCGCCGAGUUUCUCCCGAGGAUUCCUCGUGAGAAAAUUUCGGACUUUGAGUCGAUGAUAAACGUCAGUCGAUAUUGACGCUCGGGCUUAUUAGUCACCGACCUGAGCUCCCCCGAUGAUUUCGUUUCCAUGUUUAUCGUCUUGUUAGCGGAUCCACAUCUGACACGCGAGACCCUCCCUGUCAAACCCCGAUUUACUCCGAUCUUUGACUCCUCACCGAUAGGGUCGGGAAAGUUUCAAAUGUUUAAAUAAAAUAUUAAUCGCAUGAUAAUAAACUAAAUGGCAGCGUAUAGCCGGAAAUAUAUAAUCAGUGUAGUAGUAGUAACUAUAAGUCACUUUUAUCAAUAAAAUCGUGUAUACCAUAAAGAAAAAUUGAUUGUACGGGCGUUAGCAUUCAAUGUGGUGACACUUCGUGUGAACUAUCAUUAAUUUAAUGAUGUACGAGUAUGUGUUGAUUUGUUCUCGGAAACGGCUUGUUCUGCGAGAUUGAGAUUUAUAUAAUAGUUUGCGAAUAAUUUGAAUGUUGAUUGUUUUAAAAUUCGGCUUGUUAAAAUAAUUUGACACUGUGUACUAAAUGUAAUAAGUAUCUGAUAUAUUUUUAUGUAUACUUGGUAUUGGUAUUGCUCAAGACGUUCAUUUGUACAAAAGUACAUCGUCUUCUGACGUGUACAUAGGUUUCAUUUUUUACGCUUAUGUGAUAGGCUAAUACUUGUCCAGACGUUGACUCUCAGAAAAAUAGAACCAAAAGUAUUAUAACUUGGGCGAGUCAGUCUAACUUGAACUUAUUUUUCUGAGGGUCGAAUGUAUUAAUUUCUUGACAGAUCUAUUUAUAACUAAUGUAUUCAUCGCUAUUUAUAAUAAACGUUCCGUAUUGUUCCUUCGCGGACUGUGUACUCGUAUGUAGUAAUGAUAUUUAACCGGCUCGUCUACGUUGCGGCGGUAUAACAACAUGUACUUACUCUGACAUACAAUUAAACUUGUGACGCAACGUAGAACGUUACAAUAAUAUAAUAGAGUAGUAUUUUUUCUCUCACUAAAAUCCUUAGACAAGACGAAAAUGAGUUCUUUUACAUUCAUUCCGCUAGGUCACGUGAUUUUUGAUGAUUUUUAUUGAUUUGGAGGUGUCUCGACGAACGCGUUGUAAACCGUCGGCCCGAGGCGCCUCCGCGGCGCGAGCGGGCGCGUGUAUGUUGCGUUGUGUUUGUGUGUGUGCGGCGGCGAGCGCGUGCGAGAGGCGUGAGGCUGUGUGAGUGCGCCGCCGCCGCGGUGUCAAGUGAUUACGUUUAAUAAGUUUAAUUUUACCUCCUAGGGUUAUUAUUAAAUAUAUAAUAUAAUAUCUCA